CCUACGCGUAACAAUUGCAGCCACAUCUUUGUCCCUUCUUUUUACAUUUCUGAGUGGUGGUUUGUUAUUUCUCGUAGCAACGAUGGAGAUUCGUGGAAGCAGCCACUCUCAUAACAAAUGGGUACAGUAAACUGGAGGAGCAAAGAGGAUGACAAACACCGGCAGUAACUUUGAAGGGAGAAUCGAACAUGCACUUUUCUGCUUUGGAUGAGAAGCUUGGAAAGGGUGUUGUCGAGGCACUGUCAACGAUGAUACGCGAAGCUGUUGUGGAUGGGAUAACAACGGUUCUGCCAAAGUUUGUCGAAACGGUUGGUUCCUCAUCAAAAAUUGAGAGUCACAGUGUCAAGCUUUCGGAUAUUGCUCCAGCUGUUACACCACCGUCAGACAGUUUGAAACGCUUCCUUGACGCCAACCCCGCAAUGUAUUUGGGUGACGAGCCAGUAACGAAAAAAAGGACACCGAGGCGCAAAGGAAAAAAGCCGGUCUCCGAAGUUAAGAAAGAAUUACAUUUUGGAGAGAAGCUUUCUCCAGGCCGUUCAUGGCUUUAUUACAAUAAUUACAAUCCAAAUAUGGAUGAAGAUGACAUGCCACAUUGUUUGGACCUUUCAUUUCGACCAACUAAAGAGAUGAAAUUUUUUGAAUAUGAGCUGGCCAUUGCUGCUUACAUUUUUGGAAACAAUUUGGAUCCAAAGGAAGUGCUUAUUCCAGACGAUCAUUGUAUGGGCACACGUGAGACUCUUCUGACUAUUAUGCCCGGCAAGCCAAUAAUUGGUGAUGUCCUUACCUUAGUUUGUUCGAUGAUGACCAAAAGGCCAUUUGGGCCAAAUAAAUUCAAAUUAGACAACAAAUGAUUUUUGCCACCGACAUUCUCUAAAAUUGUUUUAAGUUCGAAACAAAAAUGUUCCGGCACAAUGAAAUACAUCAAGGGUAACUUUAUGGGAGACCUCGGCUUUUUACACGAGAUUUUUGUGCCAAUUCACCUUAAUGAUCAUUGGUUCCUCAUAGUGGUUAAUUUGCUUUAUGGGACUGUGAGGUAUAUGGACUCGUUCAAGCGUUGUACAUCGAUGAUAGAGCGUAAAAGAGUCAUUGACGAUGUGUUAACUUAUCUUGAGAAGUUUGUAUCUGACAAAAACUUCCAAGAAACACCUUCACAUAAAAACCUUCAAUUUUCUAAAUAUAAAUUCUCUGAGCCAACUGUCCCGCAACAAAAGGCCAAUUCGAAUGAUUGUGGUAUUUGGGUCGCUGAAUGGAUGAUCCUCAACCACUAUUGGGGCGUCAAUAAGCCAUGGAUUGUCAAUGAUUACUCAAGGAUGCGAUUGGCUGUAGAUUUGGUGUACAAAUGGCACAAUCCGAAACGGGAUAUGAUAAAAGAGCUUGCUGUUGCUGACUGGAAUAAAAAGAUGCAGCAGUCUGUCCUUCAAACUUAGAAUUUUAAGACGCCUCUAGUUAAAAAUUUAUUAAUCGUAAUCGUGUAUUUUAAGAACACAUUUAUUUAGUUAAGUUAUGGAUUGAUUAGGCCAUUUUAAAUU